ACGAGUAUUAUUGGUUGGAAAACUUAUGUAAUGUUUAGAAGAUGGAUUUAUCUUAGUUUAGUUUUUAUAGCAAUAGCAUUUGAACAAGUAGUCUCCAUUUAGAGUUUAGUAUUGACUAUUGUCAAGUUCUAUAGGCAGGGCAGAGCCAGAAAUUUUGAUCCGGGCAAAAACUGUAUUUUGGUUUUUUGUUUAUAUGAAUUGCAAUAAUAGUCUUCCAUGUAUAUUUAUGCUUUGCAUUAUGGGCUAAUAUAUUUGCUAGUAAGCUUCUUUUUUUUGGAUCAAUUAUUUGCUAGAAAGGUUAUAAGGCUAUUAAUUAAGCCUAUCCUAUUUAUAGGACUUUGAUAAUUUUUUCCCCAUAGUUUUAGCCCCAACUUGCCUUAUUCGUCCUCCGACCCUACUUAUAGGUAGUAGUUAUUCCUACAUGCAUAUUUCGUGCUAUGAAAAUUGAUGUGACAAAUGGCUCGGCAUGAUUUGAAUUCUUAUAUCUCCUCAUUGUGUUGCUUCAAAUAGUGUACAAUUUUAGUGUAAAAGUGUUUUGGGGUUUAGUAUUACUCUUAAGAUGAUGCUUAAAUGGUGUGACGCCUUCUUUUUUCAUUCUCUCUUAAUAGACACUAGAUCCUUUACCGUCAACUACAAGCAUUCACAAAAACUGGGGUAUAAAUUUCUGUCACUGUUUUAUGCUACUAGGUGCACAGACUGCAUGGGACAUGUUUCGGGAGGAACAGUCUUCUCUGCGCAUUAUUACUUCUUGUGCAGAUUUUGAUAACAUCCUUGGUGGAGGAAUAAACUGCAAAGAAGUAACUGAAAUUGGUGGAGUACCGGGCAUUGGUAAAACACAGUUGGGGAUUCAGCUUGCAGUUAACGUUCAAAUUCCAAUGGGUUUAGGUGGCCUUGGUGGAAAGGCAGUAUAUAUAGAUACGGAAGGCAGCUUCAUGGUAGAGAGGGCUACACAAAUUGCUGAAGCUUCAAUUUCUGACAUGUUGGAAUACAACAAUCAUUUAGCUAAACAAAAUCGUGUGUGCCAAGUCAAAUUUAAGCCUGCUGAUAUCUUGGAAAACAUUUUUUAUUUUCGAGUCUGCAGUUACACUGAGCAAAUGGCUCUGAUAAAUCACUUGGAAAAGUUCAUCUCAGACCAUAAAGAUGUUAAGAUAGUCAUUGUUGACAGUGUUACUUUCCAUUUCCGCCAAGAUUUUGAGGACUUAGCUCUCAGGACUCGAUUACUUAAUGGAAUGGCCCUAAAGUUGAUGAACCUUGCAAAAACCUUCAAUGUAGCGGUUGUGAUAUUUAAUCAAGUCACCACAAAGCUCACAGAAGGAUCAUUUCAGUUAGCUCUGGCACUUGGUGAUAGCUGGUCACAUUCCUGCACAAAUCGGAUCAUCUUGUACUGGAACGAGGAUGAGCGAAAUGCAUACAUAGACAAGUCACCCUCUCUCCGAUCAGCCUCAGCUCCAUUUUCGGUCACAGGCAAAGGGAUCCGGAACACUGCUACCACCAGUAAGAGAGCCAAAUUGAUGUGAGAUUUAAAUUGGAUGUAAUACACUCCAGAGACAUUCCUUUUUGUGAUGGCUGAAGAAGUUGCUUGCUUUUUCAGGAGUACAAAUAUAUAUUUCUUUAGAAAAUAUUAUUUUUAAUAUCAUACUUUUUUUUUUUGGGGGUAAUAUCAUUUUAAAUCUUUUGUUUUGCAAAAGCUAUUGAAUAAACUUUCUGUUUUGUUAAAUGAUAAUUCAGACUCUAUACAAAUUAGAGUUUAAGUU